AUGGAUAUGGACAAAGACCAGUCGCCUCUGAUGCGGAUUCCCGCCGAAAUCCGCAUCAUGAUUUACGAACAUCUCCUCGACGACGGAGGGGAGAAGAGGCUCGCUGUGCGCAACAAGGCGAUGCAUCAGCUGCCGGCGGGCAUCCUCAAGACAUACCGCCGCACGCCGUACCGCAUCAUCGAGAGGUCCCUCCACCGCCAGUGCUUCGAGACAACGUACCACCUGGCGUCCGCGUCCAGGACGACGAUGCACCCCGCCAUCAUGGCCGUCAACCGCCGGAUCCACCGCGAGACGAGCCACAUGCUGUACGGCCUCCACGGCUUCGACUUUGGCGGCGACAUCGAGGCGGUCGUCCCUUUCCUCCGUGACCUGACGCCCGCGUCGCGCGCCAUGGUCCGGGAGGUGACAGUCUACAAGGACGGGCCGAUGUACUAUUGCGAGAGCGACCGGCUGGACUGGGCCAACAUGUGCAAGUACCUACGGGGGCUCGACAAGAUGAUCCCGCGAGUGAGGGUCGUGGUCGAGGGCGGCAGGCCGACGGCGACGUGGGAGGGCCCCCAGAAGCUGGGCGUGUCGGACCUGCGACUGCUAGCACUCAUCAAGCACGACAGCAUGGAAUGGGUCGCGGAGCUGCGCAAGGUCGGGGGCAUCGAGCAGCUCGAGAUCGUACCCCGCAUGCGCUACCUCGCGGCGCCGGGGACGACCGCGACGCUGCUGUUCGCGGCCUUUUCGGCCUCGAUUGACACGGCGCUGGUCGAGUUCCUGCGGACCGACUGCGGGCUGCCGGCGACGGUUGGUUCUUGA